UACAUCACACGACAGACCUCGAAGACAUUUCCUUUCUCAACAAACUUCUACCGCCUUCAUCAAUCUACUAGCAUUCAUCUCCCCUUCAUAAUACACCCUCGGACACAUUCAGCGGCUUAUACAGACCCAAUGGCAUACUCCAAGCUCCUCACCCCGCGCAACCUCACUCUCUUCUCCUUAUUUACUCUCGGCAGCGGAUAUGUCGCGUUCAAAUCAAAGACCCUAGCCGACAAGCGGAGGGAACGCGCUAUUGGCGACUAUAGCGUAUCUGUGGACAGGUCAGGUGGCGGUGUUUGAGCUCACCGCAGUGACGACGGGUACCAUUAUUCACCUAUCGGCGACCACAAGAUAAAUUGUGGCGGUAUCCUAGAUUCUGCUUCAUGCGGGUUGGCGUUAUUUGUUGGACGAAGAAUGUCGUCCGGUUCUUGUCGCUGUUUCUGUUAUGAUUUUGAACAUGGCCCAACGAUACUAGGUCCGGCGAGGAUCUUGCAAUUUGUACGGGUAUCGAAAUCAUCGAUCUAGCGAAAGAGUCACCGUUUAUCGACACUAGAACAACUGUUCCAUGAACUAUCGGGAAGCAACAUGCCCACUGCACCAUCUUUUCCCUGGAGGCUGGCCUGGCCCAGAGCUUCACCUGUGCUAUAUGAGCACGCGCAAAGUUGCACUGUUCGGAAGAAGACCUCUCAACUACCUAGAAACAAUUCAAUUGCGCCGAAAUACUAUUUCAAUCUCAU